CAACGACAAUACUACAUUCUCUCGGCGAUUAAACGAUAUCGAACGAAUCUCGUAAAUAUUUUCUGCGAAAAUUCACGGGGACGUGGUCUUUUACUAUCGAGAAACAGCCAGAAACAUUAUUGAAUGAAGAUAGAAGCGAGAGAUCUCGGUCCGGGGUCCAUUCGUUUCAGUUUUCACACCGAUAGUGCACGUGAGGAUUCCUCGUGGUAACAGUGACAAAAAGGGAGAAAGACACGCGUCUUAUCGGCCAGUUAUAUCUUUUUUAGGACGAGAUUAAACUAUGUCGUGGAUUUUUGGAUAUCGUAAUGCACAACCACAAGAUUUUUCGCAAUUCGUGCAACCGCCGCCGGCGCCGGGCAAUGCUGCUGGCGAUGGAGAUGUACCCCGAACGCCGACUACAAAGUCUCAAAUGGAAGCCUAUCGAUUCGAUUCGAGCGCAUUGGAGAGAGCGGCAGCUGCUGCCAAGGAGCUCGAAAGAUCCCAACAUGCCAACGCAGCAUUGGAACUUUCCAAACUGCAGGAAACGACCAAGCAGGUUGAAAUGCAAACAGAGCUGAAAAAGUAUGAAGCCAGCAUCGAACAGAUGAAAGGGGAACAAAAGCGUAUAGAGGGGGACGAAAGGAGAAAAACCAUGCAAGAGGAAACCAAGCAACACCAGAUGAGAGCCCAGUAUCAGGAUCAACUAGCGAGAAAACGAUACGACGAUCAGUUGAUACAACAACAGAAAAUGAACGACGAAAAUUUAAGGAGGCAGGAAGAGUCGGUAGCGAAACAGGAAGCGAUGAGAAAAGCUACGAUAGAACACGAAAUGGAUUUAAGACACAAGAAUGAAAUGAGAAAGUUGGAGGCGGAGCUGAAAGCCAAAGCAAAAAUUGACAGAGAAAAUCAGGACUUGAAUUUAGAACAAAUUAGACUGAAGGCGUCUGAGAAAAGAAUCACGGUUUUGGAGUCUAUAAAAACUGCAGGUUCGGUAUUAGGCUCUGGUGCAACGGCUCUGUUGCAAGACUGGGAUAAAAUUGUCGCCGCCGCCGGUGGUUUGUCUCUGUUGGCUCUUGGUGUUUACAGCGCGAAAGGUACGACGGGUGUGGCGGCACGAUACAUCGAGUCACGUUUAGGGAAACCGUCUUUGGUUCGAGAAACUUCCAGAUUCACGGUGCUUGAUACGAUGCGGCAUCCUAUCCAGGCGACCAAGAAAUUGAAAAACAAGCACACGGACGCUCUGACCGGCGUUGUCCUAGCACCGAAACUCGAGGAAAGAUUACGCGAUAUUGCGAUAGCCACGAAAAACACGAAACAGAAUCGUGGAAUGUAUAGGAACAUAUUGAUGCACGGUCCACCGGGAACCGGUAAGACUAUGUUCGCUAAAAAAUUAGCAGAACACUCUGGUAUGGAUUACGCGAUCGUAACCGGUGGUGAUCUAGCACCGUUGGGUAGAGACGGUGUCACCGCCAUUCACAAAGUAUUCGAUUGGGCCGUAACGUCCAGAAAAGGUCUUCUACUAUUUAUCGACGAGGCUGAUGCCUUUUUAAGAAAGCGAUCGAGCGAACAUAUCUCGGAGGAUCUGAGAGCCAUGUUGAACGCGUUCCUCUAUAGGACGGGCGAGCAAAGUAACAAGUUCAUGUUGGUUCUUGCCUCGAAUACUCCGGAGCAAUUCGAUUGGGCCGUCAAUGAUAGAUUGGACGAGAUGGUAGAGUUUCGUCUGCCGGGACGAGAAGAGCGCGAACGAUUGGUACGACUUUACUUCGACAAAUUUGUUCUUCAACCUGCGAUCGAGGGGAACAAAAGGUUGAAGAUCGCGCAGUUCGAUUACAGCACGCUCUGUAGCAAAAUGGCCGAAAUGACCGAGGGAAUGUCCGGAAGAGAAUUGGCGAAAUUGGGUGUGGGGUGGCAGGCGGCUGCUUACGCUUCCGAGGACGGAGUGCUAACUGAACAAAUGGUUAUGGACAGAUGUACCGAGACCAUCAAGCAACACAUGCAAAAGGUUCAAUGGCAAAGCGAACAGGAGAAGCAAGAAUCAAAGUCAAUUUAUGCCACAGAGAAGGAAGUAGUCGCACCGAUAAAAUUGAAGAAACCCAUGAUCGAACCGGCACCCCAGGCUUCGGUCGCAACAGCUUAAUGAACAAGUAUAAUCGCGUCGACGUUUUAAACACCAUAUUUUAUUAAAAAACAAAUUAGUACUAAGUGGAGACGAGAAAGGUACAAAUGACGUUGUUAAGAAGACGAAUUUAAUGUACAGUUUUCGUUUUCGAAGCAAGGCGCGCGUGUAUAAAUAUUGUAAAGUAACGGUGCAUUUGUUAGAAAUGUAAAUUCCUAACUCGAUUAAACACACUCUCUCACACACACACACACACACACAUACACAAGUCUUUGAUCACGUUUCAAAGGAAGAAUAGGAUAAAAAUAUAAACGGCUUGCAAAGAAUUAAAAUCGAACUCUUUUACCAAUAAGUUUUAACGCGGUAAGUAAUUUUGCAUACCAAAAUGUUCCAUGUUUUCCGUUAGUAUCAUAUUACGAAGAUUCCCUAGAUUCACUGUUGUAACAGUGAAAUACUCAAGAACGAUGAGUAACAAAUUGUAAAUCAGUAGUAAAAUAUCAAAGUAUCGGAGACAUGAGUUGUGAUUUUCAGCUGAUACCCUGUUUUUAAAACACGUUUGCGUAUAUCCGAUACUUGGGAUUUAUUUUUAAUUUCGUGUAAAACGAAAUACUUUUCAAUUCCGUAAGUAAAUGCACGUCUUCGGACAAGAUCGUGUUCAGACUUAUUUGUAUCGGGGAAAAUCUCACGAACCCACUAAUAUUCCCAUAAAGUUAUAACGAAAAAUAUAAAAAUGUAUGUUUCAUUGGUAAUUGCGUCACUGAUAUGUGUGAAUUCCUUUCGU